AUGAAGGUCACUAUCAAAGAGUGGAACGCCGUCGCGACCUGGCGCUGGGACAUGCCCGACGAUGAGGUCUGUGGUAUUUGCCGCGUCCAGUUCGAUGGUACCUGUCCGACCUGCAAGUUUCCCGGCGACGAUUGCUCUUUACUGCUUGGGAAAUGCGGCCAUUCCUUUCAUAUGCACUGUUUGAUGACAUGGAUCCAGCAAGAGUCCUCCAAGGGGCUCUGUCCCAUGUGCCGACAGAGUAAGUCACUAUCAUGGCAUCACUUUCUGAAUAUGCACUUAGGCUUUACGUGCAGAAUUCGAAUGGAAACAAAAUGA